CUCCAUGCAGCCAGUGGUGUGUCAGUUUGCUGCGUUGUGUGAACUGAGACCGUGUCGUGCGGGUGUGUCGUCAUCAUUAUUCAGUCUGUUGCCUAGUUACAUACGUUUAUUGUCGAAUCGUGUGUACAUACUGCCCUUCAGAUACAAAGAAAAUAAUAAGAAGAAUAAGCAUCGGAAGAACUGAGCGUUGGAUAUCUUCAUUGCAACAAAAUUACUCGUUUCUUGAAAUGUGAUACAAAUUAUAACUAAUUAAUAAUUGUUAUAUGCUGUGGAAACGAAGCUUUUAGCAGCAUAAUGUGAUAGUAGGACACUGAUAAUGUAGUGAUAGUGUGGAUUGUGGCUGAUAAUCUCAAGAUCAGAAGUGAGAUAAAAGUGACGAGAAAAUCUUACAGCUGGCAGAUAUUAACAGAUGAUGAUGAUGGUUUGCUGGGACCGGAACAUGAAGGGCUAACUUGAAGUAGAUCACUGUGGUUUCUGCAACACCGUUUAUAAUCAUCAGUGUGUUCAACGUUGUGUAACGUGCGCAGUUGACGAAAAGUAUAAACUCGGCAAACAAGUAAGAUACAAGCAACCGAAAUUAACGAUUGAAGAAAAUUGAGGUUUUCAGAGCGCGAGAUGCCAGGAGUACACAGUCACUAAUCAUAGCAGCUUCAUGGCGUCACUUCCUGUAGCCAGACGGAGCCUUUCCUAUCAGACGGAGGCAGAGAACGGACACAGACGAUGAAGCCAGGAGUUACAGUGCCGCUGGGAGUGGUUGUGGCGCUGCUGGGAUUACUCCUUCUUCUGCAAGGCUGCUGGGAGGUACGUGCAGAGAUAGGGGAACGUUAUAUCCGACGUAUUACGGCGGCAGGCCUCCCAUCAUCCAACAGCACCGAUGCUGCCAAGGUCAGACAGAAGAAGUUUCAGGUCAGAGGAGAAGAAAACUGCACAAAGGGAGGAUCCUGUAACAACCCCACGACACCAGCGCCUCCCAGCACUUCUACAGGUAAAACAGUGGCUUCAUUUCAAUCAGAUGACGUUCUUCAAGGACGCCUCCACGCGGAAGUACUGAGGUACUUAACCACAACAAGAUCGCCAUACGAUAUCGGUUAUGAUUCAUACUUUGGCAGCGAUGAUUUUAACGACAGUACUAUCCGUGCACCAAAGAAAUCGUCUUUUGUUGACAAACGUCAAUUGGGAGCAGAAUCUACGAAUUUCGAUGUUCCCCUAACAACUCCAAGAAUAAAGUUGUUUGACGAUUUUCACGCUAGAAUGACAGAAGGAAUUCGACAAAACCUUCAAGAAAUGGACGAGCAGAGGUUCCGAGAAGUGACACCGGGAUAUGGCGAUAAGGGGAUGGAUGGACACCAAACGGCUCUCAUACCUGAACGCCUACCUUCACCCGGAGACCCAACAGAGAAGACAGAUGAAAAAGUUGCGCUGGAGUUUGUAAGUAAUUUCUCGAUCGUAUACAACGAUUCAAUACUUAAUAACUCUGUGAAGAGAGAUGUUGUGGUAGAGAAUGGAAGUCACAUUGACUUUGACUGGUCUCGUGUUUACACAAAAAUUGAGCCUGAUUUAAAUCGAACCACAUAUUACGUCUUAAAUGACACAAACUCAACUAUAAACCCUGACUAUGAAUCUGUGUCAACAGAUUCGAGAAACGAUAAACACAGUUCCCAGACUACCACGACUGACGGACACUCAAAAGUGGGCGAAGUAUCUUUGGAAUCGUUAGGUUCCUCUGAGCGGUCUUCGCCUCAUCUGACCACGGUAGCCGAACAGAAUGCGACAGAGAAUAUUAAUACAGGGACACCUGAUGACAAAAACAGUACAACAUCGGAAUCCACAACGGACCGAUCCAUCCUUAGAUCUCAUGAACCAAGAAACUGUUCUUCAGACACAGAAAAUGUUACAGUAACAAUCGAUGGGCCUAUCACAUGCGUGAUAUCGAAUGAGACAAAAUUAGCACCAAUCGAUAUCGAAAUGAAGUAUACCAACGAAGAUACAAUAACGAGUUCCAGCAGCGGUGAUAUAACAGUCGAUGAUCUGAAAUUCAACACAGUUAGUCCCAUUUCUGAAGAAGGUAACAUCAACCGAGGUAGCAGGAUGGUAGUGUCCGGACGUGGCCAACAGAAUUCUACGAAUGGCCUGGAACAAUCUUCCCAGACUCCACUCUCUGGAUCUUCCGAGAACAGCUACAACAGUGAUGAUGCGAUAAAGAAACCCAAAGCAAGACAUAAUUUGCUAAGCAAUGGAACAAGUAAUAGUGAGUUGCAGGUAAAAUCCAGCACAGCGUCGGCAGAUAUCGGAGAGGAGUCGUCUCAAACUACAGCCGAUGCCAGGAACAUUCAGAACAACACAAAUCCGACUUCUGGGUACGGAUUUACUGUGGGACAAGAAGAUAGUUCUACAGUGGGGUACACCAGUAGUUCAAGAGGUAGAACGUUAACUUACCGCCGACCUUAUACAACGGCAAGCAGCAACGCGGAAGAUGCCAGCGUCCAGUCAUCAUCAUCUGUCAGAAAUUCUACUAGAAGCCCCUCUGUCAACACAGAGGCCGUUCGGAGCCGGAUGACUUCCAAACGACGCCCUCACACCAGCACCGAAGCGUCCAUUGCUUUGGUUUCAUCAAGCAAUCUGACAACAGAAAGUAAUGUUAUUGUAAGGGGGUUGCCGGUCUUCGCAAGACGAACGCCACUCCCGAAUGGAACUGAUAAUAACGAAGGAAAUGACAUAAUUUAUGUUAGAAAUAACGUAUAUACGCCUGCAAAACGGAAUCGUGGAUCGGCCCGUUACGGAAGCCAAAGGAGUGAUGCCUCAGGAGGUGUGACGAAUGCCUCAUCACCUUUCUCCAAACUGUCGACACCGGUAGCUUGGGCUUUAGUGAGUAGAAAGGGGCCCGACGGAGAGACACGGGUUUUACGCCAGGAUAACUCCACGUCGGACGCACAAGUCAGGCGGUGGUAUCCUACAAGGGGCAGAAGACCGUGGAACUCAGAGGAACAAGGUUCCACGACUAUUGCUUCCGACGUAGAAAACGUAGAGCCAACUUUAACAUCACCAAAGUCAACGAAACUCAGGCCGAUAAUAAGAACCAGUGGCGUUCUUUCUCAGAAGUUAACACAACCAUCGAGCAUGCAAGAAAACAGGCUGUCUUCUGUUCAGGUUGAUGCCCCAACGACUGAGCGGUACAGCGAAACAACCGAGGAGCCUACCACUGAAGACGAAGUUUCUUCCACGCCUCAUCAGGUCAUGAUCGACACCAAAGACCUGACAACCUCCGAUUCCGGGUAUGAGAAGACUGGAACCAUCAUUCCAGUAACUAUCACAAGUUCUGACAUGUCUACUAGUUUAUACACGGGCAGAGAAGAUAUUAGUUACAAAUCUUACUUCUUUCCUACAUCAGAAGCAAAUACAGCUGUAACACAAACUACAACGGAUGACGCUUUCAGACUGUCAACUGAAUCUAUUGAUAGCACUACGGAGAAUCUUGAAUCAACAAAUCUGGAGUCCGAAAACGCAGGUACAGAGGGUUCGUUUUUCGACAGAUUAUCAACAGAAGAUGAUAACUUAUUGUCCACACCAGCAGCAGAUGAAAAUACUGUUACAUCUACCACUGAACGCCCGUUUCAAAGCACAACAAGAGAAAAUGACAAUCAAAACGACGAUGAAGAGUCGAUAAACCUCGAGAUGUCUCAUGGCUCAGUCGGUAAUUCAGGCGAUGUGGAUGAAAACAAGCAAGGUGGUAACAAUACAUUCGAAAAAGUACCGGAAGAGGAUGUCAUUCGGUCUGGAGACGAAUCUCGGACAGAAGUCAUCAGUCCAGAGGGUGCGUACAAUCAAGGGGACAUUUCUGGCAGCAAUUUGGAAGGACAGAAUAAAAAUUCGGAAGCCAAUUUUCAAGUGGAUGAUACUGAAAGUUCCGGGAAACUUUCUGUAAUCUCGGGUGACGGUAACGAACCGUACCCCAUCCACGAAGAGCCCCAGAAAGGUGGUACACCGGAGACAGCCACUCUUGACGACAAGUCUGGCACAUACACCGCAGAAGAAGACUUUUCAUCAACUGGUUCAUAUGAAAUUCAAACCAUCACAAGUAACGCUGAUGACGUGGAGACAUUUUCAACUCCCCGAAGCGAUCAGACCAACGUCUGGAGCAGUAGUACUGGCGCUGUUGAAUGGGAUGCAGAUUCAACUACGCUACCAUCAGCGUACAAUGUUCCCUUCUAUUUGAUUCUUUCCGUGAAUGCGUCCUGGUCUGAUUUCUGUGAGCAUCUCGACGAGUUCAAGCAGUCUGUUACAAAGCUCAUGAGGAGUAAUGGCAGGCUUAUAGAGACUUAUCAAGUGAUUCUGCCGAACUCGGAUGAGACGCGGUGCUUAGGAGCCACCACAGAUCUGUCACCUUCGAUUGAAGUCGAGAUGUACUUAGUCGACGAAGCCAGCUACUUCGAUCAUCAGCUCACAUAUGAUUUCUAUUGGUUCUGGAGAGAGUUUGGGCUAUCAGACUUACCGUUUAACAUUAACACAGUGCAGACUGCCGAACAGACAUCUGAUGGCGGUUCUGAAGACAUAGGUGGGGGGAUGAUCGCCGCCAUUACCAUCUCCUGUAUCGGAGCCGCGUGUCUAAUUUUACUCGCUGUCCUCUGGCUUGUGAUGAGAAAACGCCAGGAGAGUUUCACCUAUGGACAACGCUGCACACCAGUGUCCCUGGACGCCUACAGCCUAGACAGCGUCUCCGUGUGUGGUUCUGUCAGGCGCAAGGGUGGCGUCAGGAACUCGAAACGAUCCUACGGCAACGCGGGAUUCGAUGAUCCAUCUUCACCAACACAUCCAAUGGGUUUCGCUGGGUUGGCCAAUUUUAUCCUCAAUCGGGAAUCGUUGGAGGAGGAGUAUGCUAGUAUUCCUCAGGUGACAGCCAAUGUUGAUGAGCUUCCCGAAGGAGCUGACACCAAGAACCGCUACUCCAAUGUGAUACCCCUUCCUGAGACAAGGGUACAGUUGUCUCCACGUGAAGGAGAUCCACUGUCCGAAUAUAUAAAUGCUAAUUUUGUUCAUGGCCCCAAGAAUGCAAGUAAAUACUACAUCGCGUGUCAGGCUCCACUGGCAUCCACUGUGACCGAUUUUUGGCGCAUGAUCUGGGAGCAGCAGAGCAAAGUCAUACUAAUGCUUACAGACCUCGUUGAAAAUGGUGUCGAGAAAUGUGCAGAUUACCUGCCUCCUUCAGAGGUACUCGAUUGCCACAGGCUGUUUGGUGACUUCCAAAUCACCCUGAAGAAGAGAGAAGUCAAGGAGCUGUAUAUCAUAUCCACACUGCAACUGAAGAACCUAGAGACAAAUUCGUGGCGUGAGGUGAUGCACCUGUGGUAUGUAAGUUGGCCGACACAGGGUGUCCCUGACGACGUGAGCUCAGUAAUCGCGUUCCUGCUCGAGGCCCGGCCAUACAUGCGUGGGGGUCCCUGUGUGGUGCACUGCAGCCCUGGUACAGGACGCACGGGGGCUGUUAUCGCCUGCGAUCUCUGCAUCAGGGACUUUGAGACCCUGCGUAUCGUUGAUGUCCCGCGCUGUGUGGCUCGACUCAGGAGGGACAGGGCCGGUGCUGUACAGACCCGUGACCAAUAUGUCUUCAUUUAUCACGUUAUUAAUCUUUAUGGCACAAAAUUGACUGGUGGUGCACUGGAUUCCAUAUGAUGCUUCAUGUUACAAGAGAUUCGAUAGAAAUGUCGUCUUCAAUAAGGGAUAAUAUGCACGAUUGCAUUUCUUGACUAAAAUAAAUAUAUCGUAUGAAUUAAAAUUCAACCAUGAAAAAUAUUUUAAGAUGACAAAUGAAAAUCGGAGAACGGAAAGUAUUAUAUUACGUAGGGACCAAUAUAUUUGUAGAAUAUGAUUUAAAUCAGCAUUUGGAUAUCAGAAAAUGUCACUGACGUUAAGAUACAGAUACAUGAUUUUAAGGAGAGCGCAUAUAUUCUUUUAUAACAGUAUAUAAAUUGUUGCACUUUCUGGAGCAUCAAGGGAACAGUAACAAUACUCAGUAUUUUAUUUAAGUUAGUUAUGUUAAUGCGUAGCAUAGUUUUUGGGUGAUGAACAGUUUGUAAAUAGCACGUCAAAUCUUUGGCUGUGGUCUCGGUUAUCUGAACUCUUAGACAGAAAUUCUACGUAAAGACAACGUUCUUCAAAUUAACUACGAAUAACAAAACAGUUAAAACUGAAUUGCCAAUGGAAACUUUCUUCACGUAAACUUUUGUUGAUUUUCGGGAUAUAUUGUCAAUGGAAACUUUCUUCACGUAAACUUUUGUUGAUUUUCGGGAUAUAUUG